AGGUACUCUGCAGCUCCUUCUUCUUCUUCGACACGCAUGUCUUCUCCAUUCAUCAGCCUCGUUACAUUUCCUCUCGAGCCUUGCUGACGCCUCCCCGGACGCCUCCAAUGCCUUUCCCCCUGCGCUAACGGUGUCUUCUCCGAUAUAACGACUACGUCAGACUGUUCGUGCUAUAUUUUGCGAUCCUAACGAGACCACGAAACCAUUGACAGCCGUUGACAUUCCUGUCGCAACAUUCCAAACACAAUGUUUCCCUCUCGAGCGUUCUUACGAGUGCGCUCGCUAUUACUUGCGAUAUUCAUCCUAUUAACAUUCGCUUGGUCCUAUUCACGAUGGCGCAGCUAUCCUCUGACCGAGCAAGCCCCAUCCAUACAAACACACCAAGCGACUCCCUCGAAUCGCAGACAUACCGAAGGCCACAUCCAAUUCUGGCGUCAAUUCCAGCCACUUCUGACCGCUCAUGAGCCGAAAUGCGAGCCACCUCUGAGAUUAGGAUCGGCGCCGUCAAUUAGGUUCGAACAAUCGAACCCAGAGGACCGCCCGGAGCUGCUGGACAUGCUCCCAUUCGACGUGGAUACGAUGAAAAACGCGCACAGCGGAUUUGUCGAUGCGAUCAAUACCAACCCGCCCCAACUAAACUAUACACAGAACACGCGAGGCUUGGUUUCCACCGCGGGGGGCUCUUACCUACCUGUGCUGGUGAUCUCACUUCGAAUGCUUCGCAGAACGGGGUCGAAGUUACCCGUUGAAGUUUUCCUCGCAAAUGAAGAAGAAUAUGAGGAUCAUAUCUGCGAAGUGGUCCUGCCAUCGCUGAACGCGCGAUGUGUGCUUCUGUCGGAAAUUCUCGACGCCGUCCCAGGCGAUAUGAAGGUCGAGAAAUACCAGUUCAAGCUUCUCGCAAUGCUGUUCUCGUCAUUCGAAGAAAUCCUCUUCUUAGACGCUGAUGCGUUCCCGAUUCACCCACCGGAAAUGCUAUUCGUCAAUGGCCCCUUUCCCUCGAAGAACAUGGUCACUUGGCCCGAUUUCUGGGCAUCCACCGUCUCGUCCUACUACUAUGAAAUUGCCUCUCAGCCGUACCCCGAGAACUCAGUCCGACAGUCCAGCGAAUCCGGAGAGGUCCUCAUCUCGAAGAAGACGCACAUGAAGACCCUUCUCCUCAGCACCUACUACAACAUGUGGGGUCCCGAUUUCUAUUACCCAUUGCUUUCGCAAGGCGCCGCCGGAGAAGGCGAUAAAGAAACCUUCGUCGCAGCCGCCAUGACCCUCCAGGAACCAUACUACCAGGUCUCGGAGCCAAUUUGCGCCAUCGGCCACGGCACACAGGGCGGUCUGGCCGGCUCCGCGAUGGUGCAGUUCGACCCCAUUGAAGACUACGCUCUGACGCAGAAGGGCGAGUGGCGAGUCCAUGGAUCGAAGGCGCCUGCCCCCCGAGCAUUCUUCAUCCACGCCAACUUCCCCAAGUUCAACCCGGCUACUGUGUUCGACAAGCAGGCCGUGAACCCGGCUUUCGCGGAUGACGGGAGCUACACGCGCGCAUGGACAAUACCCGACGAGGUGAUCAAGGCCUUUGGCACUGAUAUCGAGAAGCGCUUCUGGGAUGAGAUUCUCUGGACGGCGUGCGAACUUGAGGAUAAAUUCAGUACUUGGAAGGAUAAAAAGGGCAUCUGCAAGGGGGUGAAGAACUAUUGGAAUGCUAUGUUCGGUAUUGGGCAUUCCCGUUGAGUUAGGGUCGGUCGGUUUCCCGAUUUCAGCCUUAUUGGUGCUGGUCGCUCCGUGAGAUGUGUGGGGUGUAUCUAUCAUCACCUACCGAUGUGCACGAUCCCCACGAGACGAUAU